AUGCAUAAAGUAAAACUGUCAAUUUUUUAUGUGAUAUUUUUAUAUCAAUUUAUACUGACUUAUACAUAUAGCACAACAAAAACUAAUGAAAAUGGAAAUAUUUUAUCUACAGACAUACCUAGUAAAAACAUAAGAAGUGAUUUAAAAAAUUUAAAUUCUGAUGUAAAAGCAAAAAAAGAAAAUAAUAGUAUUAAAAUAAGAAAAAAUAUGAAUAAAUUAUUUAAUACUCUAUUUCCUAAUGAUAUAGAAAGUCAAAAUGAAAAAAAUAAUUUCGAUAAUAAAUAUGAAAAAGGAAAUUUAGAAGAUAAUAUAUAUAGAAAAAAUAUAUCAAGUCAUAAAAUGGAUUUAAAUGAGAAAGAAGUUAGCAUAAAAAGCGAUACUUUGAAAAAUACGAAAUUGUUCAGUAAUGAAAUGAAAAUUGAAUAUAUAAAAAAUGGAAAUGAAGCAACACUAAAUAAACAAAAUGCUUUUGGUGUAUUUGGAAAUGGUGAAAAAAUGAAAAGUGAAUCAAGAUUUGCUAUUUUUAAUUAUUUAAAAGAUUUUUUUCAAAACUCUUCUUAUAUGAAAAAUUUCAGAAAUUUCAUAGAAAUUUUUUUUAAUAAAUAUGAUCAACGUAUAUUAGAGUCUACUGUUUUUUUUAAUUUUGAUGAAACACUAUUUUAG